AGGUCACUAGAACAAGGCCGAAAACCCUAAGGGGUGAACGUUGCUCCGGAGUCUAGAGGAACUAGCCAAGGGCGCUCAGGUUUACCAAAAGGAAAAUUACCGGGGUGAAAUUCUUCCUGGCCUCCUUCUUACGUUCUACCUGCUUCUGCCCACUGAAGACGGUUUAAAGUGGUGCGACCCUGAAAAAAAAAUAAAAGAGAGAAGAUAACCUCCAAGUGAGAAGAGACGAAUUACCGGAAGUCGCAGACCAACCUGGUGCACCCAUGUCAAGGAGGAGCGUCACUGCUCUCUAAGUGCACACCUAAGAUUAGACAUUGAAGAAAGUGAGGAGGUGACGGACGCAGCUUUUAUUUGAGAAUUCAAAGGAGGUCAAAUGAAAAAUGGGCCACACGUUAAUCUCGAGAGUGUAAAAAGCACCGCGCACAGCCAAUACUUUUUCAAAGUUCCCAUGCAUGUUCCUCAUCACGUACCUCAAGAACGAGACCAAGGAAGAACCGUAAUGACGUCAUUCCCAGAGAGAGAACGCGUCCCUAAGAAACCCAUGAGGAUCAUCCCUCUUUUUCUGCUAACCCAUCUCUACCUCCUGAACGAGGUCUUGAUCACAGAGUCUACUAAAAUCCGUCGAUGCUGUUCACCAGGAGAAGCUCUAUCAACCGAUGGAGACGUCUUCGCCUGUAUACCGGCUCCUUACGACACGUUGGAACUCUACGAACUGGACCCAUUCUCCAGAGGCCUCCCAACAUGCUCCCCAUCGGAGAACCUCAGGAGUACACCCCUGGCCUCCGCUCCACUUGAUAUUUCCGCUGAUGCAUGCUUGGAUGUCCUUUAUCGGACCAAUCAGUCCAGUUUCCUCGCUGUGCUGAACUGCGCCUCAGAAAAUCCGAAUUACAAGGAGGAAUCAAUGAUCAUCCACCAGCCAACAGUCCUCCCUCUUCGAAGAUGCUGCUCUUCGGGAGAGGUCUUCAGCACUUCCAGCAGAGCCUGCGUACCUGCCUCACAGGAAGUUCCCGUGACGUCUCUAGUAGCCGGUCUUGGUAUACUGGAGUACGUCACCCUCCUCAGAGGGCCACCCGAGUGUCCUCAUGCAAUUAUGGACUACGAGGUCAAUGUCACCGACAUCAAUUUCCACUCGGGACAACUUCAGGUUUCAGUCCCAAUGGCCAAUAAGGCCAAGAGUUUUUGGGUGAAUCAGGAAAAUUCCUGUGUCGACUCUAAUCCCAGGAAGGACCUCUUGACGAUUCGCGUAUGCCGGGAACCUGAAUUUUGCCAGGAUCAUCCCUGCCUGAGGAAAUGUUGCAGCGAGGACGAAGCGUUCGUUAACGGAAUAUGUCAGCCGCUUCCUAGUCACAUGACGGUCCAUAAACUGCACGAGGAAAUUUCUAAAAUCUCGACCAUGACUGCCAACCGCUCCGAGGACGUCCUUCGGGCUACAGAUUACGGUCUGUUAAUUGGCAAUCCCUGCUUGGACGGGAUGUAUCCCGUUGAGAAACACGAUAACUGGCACAUUACGUCGGAAGGAUAUCUUUUCGUACCUGGAUACAAAACUUACGAGCACCAGGAAUUCUGUUUUGAUCUUCUCUACAAUCGCUCGGGAACCCAAGACGCUUUCUAUCCCUUCGUAUGUUUCGAUCCACUGCCCGUGAAUGACGUGCUUAACACCAGAUAUUACGUGAACAUGGUACUCAUGAUGACCAGUUGCACCUUUCUCCUGAUUACUCUCCUGGUUUACGUAUGUCUACCGGGACUGCAAAAUCUCCAUGGGAAAACUCUCAUGUGCUACGUGAGCAGCCUCCUGGUGGCAUUUCUAUGUCUGGUCUUCACGACCUUGUCCACUCCGAGGAGCAGCCCUGAAGACGAACAGGAGUUCGGUUUAAAGUGGAAUUUAAACUGUGUGACUUUAGGCUACGUGAUGCUGUUUGCUUUUCUAUCGACUUUCUCGUGGCUCAACGUUAUGUGCUUUGAUAUCUGGUGGACUUUCGGUGGUGCUUCAGGAGCAGCAAAUCGCGCAGCUAAGGGUGACGGACAGCGUAAACGAUUUCUGUGCUAUUGUCUCUACGCGUGGGGUCUACCCCUAUUGAUCUGCAGCCUGGGCUACCUCCUAGAUCAGUACGACUCCAUUAAUCCGUACUUCCGACCAUACAUCGGCAAGAAGAGUUGUUGGUUCCACAAUGAAUCGAUUUAUCAUGGAGAAUUUAUUUACUUUACUGCUCCCACUAUGAUUCAACUGAUAAUCAACAUCGUGUUCUUUGCCUUGACGGCGCGAAGCUGCAAUCGUGUCAAAUCGGAAAUACAGAGGGUCAUGGCGAAUCCUUCCGAUUCACGUAAUCGCCGUUUCCGGGCUGACAAAACCAGAUUACUAAUGAACGUCAAACUUUUCAUCGUAAUGGGUGUAACCUGGAUGUUCGAAUUCAUCUCAAACAUCCUGAACCACUACGCCUAUCUGAUAAUCGACUGGAAUUACAUCUUCUACGCCUCGGACUGCCUGAACUGUCUUCAGGGUGUCCUGAUAUUCAUCCUGUUCGUCCUGAAGAGACAGGUCUACCAUGCUUUGCGCCGCCGCUUCGGAUUAGUCAAGAACGCAAAGGCCAGCACGACUGGAAUUCACGAUCCAUUCAGGGUGAAGAAAAGCGCAAGCAGUAGUACAAUAAUGUCGACUUGCGUUACGAGUUCGUCGCCCUGAUGCGAAUGAUACCCGCAAGCCCGGAAGUCCAAUUCUCGUUUAAGACUUGAGGAGACUAAAUCAUAACUUCCUGCCGAUCGGCACGCAAAGACGUCAUUGCCGGUAUCAGUAGACACGGAGCUUGCUUAUUACUGCCUCGAAAAUGAGCGAUACAAGCACAACGGGACAAGGGGGAGCGUGGAAAUCGUCAAAUCAAAAUACCGAUUCUUCGGAAGAUUCUGGGGAUUUCGAUACUCGUAAAAUCGGUAACGCCAAUCGAGUUAACAUUGAUCGGAUGUCCCAAUUGGGAAUUUUCACAAUCAGCAACGCAAAGCUACAAUCGAGACGACAAUGGUGAACGCUGCUUCGACUGAUUUACGAUUCCGUGCGCUCCUGGCGAAUUUCCAGUGCGACUGGAAACGUGUGUCUGUACCAUCGCUUUUUAUACUCGCCGCCAAAGAAAAUUAUCUUGUCUCUCGUACCUGGAUAUUAAUCGUACGAUGUAUGUAUCCUUGAAAACGUUAUAAUUCUUAUAAGAUAAUGUAUAACAUUAAUUUUUAAAUAAGCGAGACUUACAUUUCUUAUUUUUUUAUAAAACAAUUUAAAGAAUAACGUUUCACCUAAUAUAAAUAUUAUUUUGCGGCACAGAUCGAUUGCGACGCGAAUUCGUCACUGUGCAUUUGUACUCACUGCAUGGAAUAAAAUAUAGUAAGCACUGGAA